CGUGUCGAAAGCAACAUUCGUGAAAAUCUUAACUCAACCUUCCAAGGCGCUCAUAGCUCCGGGUUAUGUAUACUGACGGGGUCUAGAAGUUUUUUUACGGAUGAGUUUUACAACAAUAACAAAAGUUCUUUUUCUUUACGAAAAAAAUUGGGUUGGGCGCCUUGUGAAGGAAUUAGAUUUUCAGUGAAUCGCCCUUACUACAGAUACGAACGUCUUAAGGACUUAAUAACUUGUGGUAACCUCAAGUGAACCUGCCGGGCCUGGGAGGACUGAGAAACAAUAAUGUGAAGGAAGGCACAACAGCACCACCACCAUGACAAUCCAGGACUUUGUAACCUCCCUGACAGACAACCCAUACUUCAGCGCCGGGUUUGGCCUGUUCGGGGUGGGUGCGGGGGCAGCAGUGAUGAGGAAAGGGUACAUGAUGGGUAUGAUUCUGUUCCGCCGGCACUACAUGACAACACUGGAGGUGCCAUGCCGAGACAAGUCCUACCAGUGGCUGCUGCAGUGGAUUACCCACAAGGGGGCCAAGAAGACACAGCACCUCAGUGUGGAGACAAAAUUCCAGCAAAUAGAGACUGGCAAGAUCACGACACGCCAUGACUUUAUUCCCAGCGUGGGUGAACAUUUCUUCUGGUACGGGGGCACCUGGCUGAAGGUAGAGCGCACUCGUGAGCAGCACACGCUGGACCUGCAGCAUGGCACACCUUGGGAGACUGUCACAUUCACUGCCUUUGGCAAGCAGAAGCAACUCUUCCAUCGCAUAAUCUGUGAAGCCCGUGACUUGGCAGUGAAACAGAAUGAAGGAAAGACCAUCAUGUACACAGCAUAUGGCUCUGAAUGGCGGCAGUUUGGCAAUCCUCGUAAGCCCAGGCCACUCAACUCCGUAGUUCUGGAUGAAGGAAUUGCAGAGCGGAUACUUACAGAUGUGCAAGAUUUCAUGAAUAAUCCUGAGUGGUAUUCCAACAGAGGAAUUCCAUAUCGGCGAGGGUACUUGCUGCAUGGCCCACCUGGGUGUGGCAAGAGCUCCUUCAUCACAGCACUGGCAGGGGAGCUGCAGCUGGGCAUCUGUGUCCUUAAUCUUAGUGAAAGAGGACUUACUGAUGACAGACUCAAUCACUUACUGGCACUUGCUCCUGAGAACACUAUAAUCCUGUUGGAAGAUGUUGAUUCAGCUUUCACAAAUAGAGAGGAAACUGCAGAAGUGAAGGCAGCAUAUUCUGGGCUGAACAGACUGACCUUCAGUGGACUGUUGAACUGUCUUGAUGGUGUUGCAUCUUCAGAAGCAAGGAUAGUGUUCAUGACAACCAAUUAUCCUGAAAGACUUGAUGCAGCCUUGAUCCGGCCUGGUCGUGUGGAUCGGAAGGAGUACAUUGGGUAUUGCACGCCACAUCAGCUGGUGACAAUGUAUCGGAGGUUCUACCCUGAAGUGCCUGUUGACACUGCAUUCUCCUUCUCGGAGGUAAUACAAAACCUAAAGGUGCCUGUAAGUGCUGCUACUGUACAAGGCCACUUCAUGCAGCACAAAGAGGACCCCAUGGGAGCACUUCAUAAUGCUUCAAGUUUAAAGCCUGGAGAUUUAAUUUAAAAACUGUAUAGUAAAUUAAAAUCAAUGUGAAAUAUACUGUAAAUAUG